CGCGCGCAGGGACACAUAGGCGGAAGUGUCCCUCGGACGCCGGAGUUGAGAGUGGUUUCCGGGGAGGCGACCGCCGCGGUGAAAGUGCAGGAGUGGGAGAGGAGGAGGAGGAGGAAGAGGAGGACUUGACACAGCAAGCAAGAGACAUACAGGACAAAAGAGUCCAGGAAACCAACAAAGAUAACUCUGAAAGCAUUGAAUGCAGCAAAAUAACAAUGGAUCUAAAGUUCAACAAUUCCAGGAAAUAUAUUUCUAUCACUGUGCCAUCCAAAACCCAAGCAAUGUCACCACACAUCAAGUCAAUUGACGACAUCGUGGUACUUGGCAUGAAUCUCAGCAAGUUUAACAAACUUACUCAGUUUUUCAUAUGUGUUGCUGGAGUUUUUGUAUUUUACCUAAUUUAUGGGUAUUUACAGGAAUUAAUAUUUUCAGUGGAGGGUUUUAAGUCCUAUGGCUGGUACCUUACCUUAGUGCAGUUUGCCUUUUACUCCAUAUUUGGCCUAAUAGAACUUCAGCUUAUUCAGGACAAAAGGAGGAGAAUACCAGGAAAAACCUACAUGAUAAUAGCUUUUCUAACUGUGGGUACUAUGGGGUUAUCAAACACUUCCUUGGGCUACCUGAAUUACCCUACCCAAGUCAUCUUCAAGUGCUGCAAAUUGAUUCCUGUUAUGCUAGGAGGAGUUUUUAUUCAAGGAAAGCGUUAUAAUGCUACAGAUGUGUCUGCUGCCAUAUGUAUGAGCCUCGGCCUGAUAUGGUUUACCCUUGCUGACAGCACAAUUGCACCAAAUUUCAACCUGACAGGUGUGGUGCUUAUUUCCCUGGCCUUAUGUGCAGAUGCUGUCAUUGGAAAUGUUCAAGAGAAAGCUAUGAAACUUCAUAAUGCUUCUAAUUCUGAAAUGGUAUUGUAUUCGUAUUCAAUUGGUUUUGUAUACAUUUUACUGGGCUUGACAUGCACUAGUGGAUUAGGCCCUGCAGUAACAUUUUGUGCAAAGAAUCCAAUUCGGACCUAUGGUUAUGCAUUCCUUUUUUCCCUCACUGGAUAUUUUGGAAUCUCCUUUGUUCUGGCUUUGAUUAAAAUUUUUGGUGCACUUAUUGCUGUAACAGUGACAACAGGAAGAAAAGCAAUGACCAUUGUACUUUCGUUUAUAUUCUUUGCUAAACCAUUCACAUUUCAGUAUGUAUGGUCUGGUUUCUUAGUUGUCCUUGGUAUAUUUCUCAAUGUUUACAGCAAAAAUAUGGAUAAAAUAAGACUACCAUCACUGUGUGAUUUGAUAAACAAAUCAGUGGAAGCAAGAAAGUCAAGGACACUGGCACAAACUGUAUAGACAGUGAUUUGUCCUAUUUAAAAUAGAAUUUUAAGGGAACAAUCAAUUAACUUUCCAAAGGGACUGAUAAAAACCAAAGGAUCUGGAGGCAUUGCUAUCCCGUUUGUGGAGAGAUUCCAUAUGAAGUUGUUUUGUAGCGUCAGCCUUGUCUUCAGAGCACUUGUUUGACUGACUUCCAAAGCAAUCAAGACAGCCACAUCUAGCACGCUUUACAAUAAAAUGUCAAUAUGAAGGACUGUAAUUCCUAGCAUUUUAUUGAGAAUUUCACUGGAAAUGGACCACGUGUUGCAAGACUAACUGGCUAUAAUUAUGACAUAUCAAAGAAAUCGAUAUGUAAUAGCAGAUUGUUUUAUAUUCAUUCCAUUUUGAUGGUGUUAUUUAAAUUGGUUCUCUGUUAUAAGAGUAAAGUGAUGAGUUGAAGUCUGGAGAGAAUAACAUUCAUUAUAAAUAAAAUUAUUCUGUGAUCUUUUUUCAA